UUACUACAAGUAUUCUCAAAUUGCAUUCGGGGAGACACAAGGUGGUAGAGAACGAGGAAGUCAUUGUCCCUACGCAAUUCACCAAGUGUGAACAGUCGAUUUUGUGAUCUCUACACCAGUUUGUAUUCGAACACAUUACUGAUCUUUGGUAAUAGAUAGUGCAGCUGUCUUAUCUUAGUUUAAAAAUAUCUCUCCAACCGAAAAUAAGAGAAUAUUCAAGAUCUUGUAUACAGAGUUGAAGAAAGAGAAACUUGUACAAGCUUUAGACAGAUUUUCAUCGAUUCCAGCCAAGUUACUCGCCCAAACUCGAACAUGCUAUCUUGCGAAGCCCUGCCCGAGGAGACAUGCCCUGUUUUGGACAUGGACGAAGAUCAGUUCCUGAGGCAGAAUUCUCCAUACACCACAAUGCGCUACGACGAUUUGAAGCAUUUAUUUCAUUCAGAUAGCGAGUUCGCGCCAGCCCUUCACAUAAAAACGCGAUCUCUACAGGAUCUCUUCAAAUCCCGCUCCGUGGAAGAGAUAGAAGAGCAGCAUUCCGCCAUUUCUGAAAAAUGCCGUAUGCCACCUCUAGUCGUCUGCGGCAGCGAGCUGAACGAAGCGCCGGUCCAAUACGAAGUGAAAGGGCUACUUCCCCACGAGCUACCAGUAAAAGGGAUAUACGUAGACAAGCGGAUCUGUCCUGGGUUCCGGUAUAAGGUGCGGUAUAACGGGAGAGACGAGGAGCUGUUCGAUGGGGAGGCACGCACACUGCUCAGUGUGGGGAUGGGCUACGGCAAGCGACUGACGUUUGAGGGAGAGUACAAAAACUACAAUGACAACUAUUUCUGGUCGGACAGCGACCCCGAGGGAUUCGCUUUCAGCCUCGACGUCGUUUCUGUUGGCGAUAUGUUUGUUAUUUACAGUGCGCUGUCUGAACCCGUGGGAAAGGUCACGGUCGAAUCAAUCGUGGGUCACCAGGAAGAGACCAAUCAGGAGACUGGAACGGGAUCCGUGUCCAAAACAGUUCGGGUCAUGAUGACCUGCAGUAUUGAUUAUUAUCAGCGUCAUCAACUUUUAGACCUGCAUUCGAAAGACUUGGAAACGAUCGAAGGUGAGGUGCUUGCGGUGAAACACAAACGUGAAAAGAAGGCCAACAUUACCUGCAUCAAAAAUGUGAAUUUUUCCCGCCUAGGCGAAUGCACGCUCCAAGUUGACCUAUAACCUUCCAUUUUCCUGUUAAGAAUAUCAAUAUUUUUUCACAUCAUUCUUUUAAAGGAAUGUGUGACAUUUCCAAAACGAUAUUGACGAACAACCCAUACGUUUUUGACGAUUAUUUAUAUACCAAAUACAUGUGCUGAUUCUGCUGGUGAUAUUUGUAUAUAAGAUUCUAUUACAGGAUUUGUUUGUCAGAUUUGGCCUUUUUGCCUAUGACUGUCAAUAUUCAACAGGCCAAAUUGGAUACACCCAGACUUGUUGGUAUUUUGCGGUUCUUUUUUGAAAACCAGUAUUGCCAUUUUGGUGUUAUUGUUUUGUUGUUUUGUAAUAAAAAUUAUGUGUGAAAUCGCA